AUUCAACGCUUCCUUUAUACAGUUAGAAAUCGUACUUGAUUCACACUCGGUUCAUCAUGUCUUCCGCAACCAAAGACAAGUCCAAGGUGCACAAGCUGUCACUCAAAGGGUCGUCCAAGCUGGUGUCGGAAUUCUUUGAAUACUCGAUCAACUCGAUUCUCUUCCAGCGCGGAGUUUACCCGCCAGAGGACUUUACGACAGUCAAGAAAUAUGGCCUCAACAUGCUUGUGUCCUCGGACGACCAAGUCAAGGCGUACAUCAAGAAGAUCAUGUCCCAAUUGAACAAAUGGAUGGCGGGGGGUAAAAUCUCCAAACUGGUGGUGGUCAUCACAAGCAAAGAAACCGGCGAGCACGUGGAACGAUGGCAGUUCGAUGUCCAAAUAUUCGGAAAGCACAGCAGGAGCAAAUCGUCCCAAAAAAGCGGCGACAAAGAAAACGCGGGCCCAGAUGAGGCAGCCAAGACCGUACAAAAGACCGAAAAGGAAAUCCAAGACGAAGUCCAGGCCAUCUUCCGCCAGAUCACCGCCUCCGUGACCUUCCUACCUGUCCUCGACAGCGACUGCACAUUCAACGUACUCGUGUACGCGGACGCCGACUCGGAGGUACCGAUGGAAUGGGGCGACAGCGAUGCCAAGGAGAUCAAGGAUGCUGAGAAGGUGCAGCUGCGCAGCUUCAGCACGAAUAACCACCGCGUGGAAACGCUGGUCAGCUACCGUCUUGCGGAUUAGCUGCGGAAUGGAAGGUUAUAAGGCGUUCGGAUUGGGUGGUUCAGGAUCUAUGAUUUCGGGUGUAUCGACAUCACGCAUGCUACACAAAUACAAAUGACUCACGAAUAAC